AUGUGUGUGUGCGCGUAUAUAACUGAGAAUCUUGCUUCAUCGUCUCCCCGACCUCCAAAUUUCAGUCUUUCUCCUUGACAUUAUCGCUCUGAUACUGAAAAGUUCUCACCAACCCAUUUCCCAUGAGACUUCCUUUGACCUAAUUCGCCAAAUUUCUCUGUCACAUUGCCGAUUUCUCCGACCAAAACUAGAAAAAAAAUCGCAGCUUUCAAUGGCUCUGCGAUGUCUCUCCAUCUCGAUUUUGCCCCCAACGCACCAUUCUCAUAUGGGUCUCUCCGAUUUCAACCCGAAACGCUUCCGUUUCGACCUCACGUGUAAAUGCUCCGCCCAGAGAGCCGUCACUGCCGUUGAAGACGACAGACCGUACGGCCAUGAACUCGGGGAGUCCCCUGGUGGAAUCGUUCCGAGUCAGAAAACCGAGUCUUUGACCUUUCACAAGGACUUGAGUAUGCUCCCCAAGCCCUUAACUGCGUCCAGCCUUCACUCUUCUCCCAAUGACAAUGCGAAAGUCCGAGUUGCUUAUCAGGGCAUACCGGGUGCUUAUAGCCAGACAGCAGCACUGAAAGCUUAUCCAAACUGCAAAACUGUACCAUGUGAACAGUUUGAAACCGCAUUCCAGGCAGUUGAACUAUGGUUGGUGGAUAAAGCCGUGCUUCCAAUCGAGAAUUCAGUCGGCGGAAGUAUCCACAGAAACUAUGAUUUGCUUCUCCGUCAUAGACUACACAUUGUCCAGGAAGUCCAAUUGCCCGUUAACCAUUGCCUCUUGGCAUUGCCCGGCGUUAAAAAGGAGGACCUUAAACGCGUUCUAAGCCACCCUCAGGCACUUUCUCAAUGCGAGAAUACACUUGGCAACUUAGGGGUGCAUAGAAUUACUUCAGUAGACACUGCCACCGCUGCUCAGACCGUGUCUUCAAGUGGCGAGAAGGACACAGGAGCAAUAGCUAGUUUACGAGCUGCAGGAAUAUACGGUCUCGAUAUUCUUGCUGAAAACAUGCAGGAUGACGCUAACAACGUGACCCGUUUCCUUAUACUCGCAAGAGACCCUACAAUCCCAAGAACCGAUCGACCCUAUAAGACAAGUAUAGUUUUCUCUCUAGAAGAAGGUCCAGGCGAGCUGUUCAAGGCCUUGGCCGUAUUUGCUCUGAGGAACAUUAACUUAUCAAAGAUGGAGAGUCGUCCACAAAGGCGGCGACCUCUAAGAGUAGUUGAUAGUUCUAACAAUGGAAGUGCCAAGUGCUUUGAAUACCUUUUCUACAUUGAUUUCGAAGCUUCCAUGGCUGAGCCUCGUGCCCAACAUGCCCUCGGCCAUCUACAGGAGCUAGCCAGAUUCAUCCGUGUUCUCGGGUGUUAUCCGAUGGAUAAAGGCGUCGUAUAGGCAGAAAACAGCGUUCAUGGCCAUACCAUGUGAAUACAGAAAUCAUACCCAGAAAGAUUUUUGCUUUGGUUAGUUUCGAAUACCAUUUACCAUAAUGCCGUGGAUUCUCUUUUAUGGCAAGCUUUGCCCUUUUUCUCCUCUUGUAAAGGAAAGUCCAAAUCUUUUUUUUCUUUUCCCUUUUUGUUGUAUAUAAGACUUGGCCUCACUUUGGUCCAGAGAAUAUGUGGUAACUUUCCGACACCAAAAUCGAAACGUCAUGCUUUCAAUAGUUUCA